CAGACAUCCUCGAUUGCCACAGUGCCUGAUUCUCUUCAAAACCACCUAAAGCCUCAUGCAAGACUCAUUCUUUCGUCCGAUACUAUAGCCCUCAGCUCCUCACUCCUAAACCUCGCGUUCGCUGCAAUUCCUGCUGCUCUGCCAUACUCCCGCCACCAUGCGCUGCUGGCCUUGAUCGCUGAUCCAGUGACGACAUACUUCCAACCCGUCUCCCCCACCUCGAUUCUCUCCCCCAGCCCUUGCUGCUCGGCCCUGAUCGACAAGCUGGCGUAGCUUGAGGACAAAAAAGCAAUACAGCUUCUUCCGCCAGAUCAUCUUCAUCAAAGCAUGUAUGUCCAGCAGCCUCCCGGCAGUAUCGAAGACGUUCUGCCCCCGCCUGGGCCGCCACCAGGGCACCGUCCGUCGAUGGAGAACAGCAGCUGGACAGACGAGCCGGCCACAAGUGCCUGGGAAGACGUGGCUCCUCAGCAUGUGGCUCCUCAGCAUGCAGCCGCGGCUGGUGCUACACCAAGCUCCAUCCAUCGCAAGGAAGUUCCUGCGUCUCUGCGGCCUGGUGGAGGCGGCAUCGACGUAGGCUUCGGCUCUCCGGAAGAAGAGGAUAGCGUGUGGAACGAGGCACGGAAGCAGCCAUCCGAGCUGAGUCUGCCCAGCCAGAUCCCCGAUGCCCUUAGACCAGGCGUACAGAGAUCAGAGACAAACCCAUUUCUGAAAAACCGAGCUCCGUCCGACUCCAAUCUCCACGCUGUUCCGGCAUCUCUGCAGCCACCCAUUGCCUCGCUUUCUCACAUAAGCCUGGACGAGACGGGAACUAACAAUCCCUGGAAGCCAACAAUUGCUGUGCAGCCGCCAAUCCAAGGAAAUGAGCCACCUGUUGUAAUAGCACCUGGUGACUCGGAGCCUGAUCCUUGGGCUCGUUCCACCCCGGAGCCGCCUGCAAAGGUGCCUAUUUCGCCGAAAUCCCCAGAUUUAAUCUCCCUACGCUCUAGAAGCUCGACAUGGGAUGAAGAUUCUCAUAGCGAGCGUGAUGAAAAAGGCUCUCCGUCGCAGAAACCUGCGAUGCCAGAUGACCUCGAGCGUGAGCAGCAUGUCUGGGACGAUUUGGGGUCUUCGGAUGUGGCUAAGGGCAAGGGCAAGGUACCCGAGCUGACGGCAGCACAAGCACCUCAGUUGGAUGAUUGGAGCCUGAUAGACUCAGAUCCGUCAUUGAGCCCUCCACCAAGACAGCCGCAAGAAGAACUCUCGACAGCAGUGCUGGAGGAAAAGCCGGCCUUGCCGCCCAGAGCCACAGAGGGUCGUGUGAAAUGGGUUCCUUCACGUCCGCCAGUCGAUGGCAAGGCAGAAACGUACCAGGUGAAGAAUAUCCGCUGGCACGACCCCAACUCAUCCAACAACCCCCGCGUGUCGCCCAUACUUAUACAGAAUGAGAACGGGCCUUGCCCCCUGGUCGCGUUAGUCAACGCGCUGACUAUGACGACGCCUGACGAUAUCCCCGAUACAGUACUGGUUCAAGUUUUGCGUUCACGGGAGCAAGUCAGCUUGAGUCUUCUGCUGGAUGCUGUAUUUGACGAACUCAUGUCUCCUCGAAGAACAUCGUCAGAGGACUCUCUGCCAGAUGUCGCGGAACUAUACUCAUUUCUCCAGAGUCUCCACACCGGCAUGAACGUCAAUCCGCGAUUCAUCCCCACUCCAGAAGUUAUCACCGCAUACGAGCAUACUUCACUAACACAGCUUCACCUACUGGAGCGGCACAAAUACAUCCCUGGAACUUUUGAGGACACGGCGGAGAUGAGUCUCUAUGCGACUUUUUCUAUUCCUCUCGUUCAUGGAUGGCUACCGCCUUACGAUGAUGCCGUCUGUGCUUCCAUGCAAAGACAUGCUACCUCUUACGAAGAUGUGCAGAAUCUACUGUUCCGCGAAGAAGAGCUAGAGGAUAAAUUGGCCACUUCUGAGGAGGGCCUCACGGAAGCGGAGCAAGAUUUAUAUCAAGACAUCAUCACCAUCAAGAUAUUUUUGAAUGAGUCGGCUACCCAGCUGACGCCGUGGGGAAUCGAGGUCAUCCAAAAGGCAAUUCGACCCGGUACAUUUGCUAUCCUUUUCCGCAAUGACCACUUUUCAACGCUUUACUGCCAUCCGCAAACCCAACAGCUCCUCACUCUUGUGACAGAUGCCGGCUACCGGAGCCAUGAUGAAAUAGUAUGGGAAAGUCUGGUGGAUGUCAACGGGGAACUAAACCAGUUUAUGUCUGGGGACUAUCGACUUGUAAGCGGUGAUAACACGGCAGAACUAAGUACUGGAGCUGGCAAACGCCACAGCGACCAGGGAAGUGGUAAUUGGACAACUGUCACCAACAAACGGGGCAAGACUAAGGAGACCGGCCCUAUCGAAGAACAAGGUCAAGCGAGCUCCAGCACCGAACAAGAAGACAGAGACUUGGCCCUCGCCAUGCAGCUACAAGAAGAAGAGGAUCAGAAACACCGAGAAGAACAGGCUCGCCGGCAACGGGAGCGAGCACUCUCAGAGCAAUAUAUUGAGCAAGCUCACCUUCCCAUACCCGUUACUCGCCCUGUGGGCAAUUCUGGAGGAAAUACCGGUGGUAACAGUACUUCCCGGCGCAGCCCUGCGGCCGGACCAAGUAGCAGCACGCCUGUUCCGCCGCCACGGCGAAGUUCCAACAGUGUCAGCAAUAGUGCCAAUAAUAGCACCAGUGCACUCCCUGCCUCCACAUCUCAACGGUCUUUGCCUGCACGCGCACCAACGUCACAAACCGUCCGACCCCUAGUUCCUCCUCCGAGACCAGGUGUCAAUAGACCGGUUAGCUCUGAUGAACCGCCGCCACCCUCAUAUGAACAGGCUGCUCAGGUUCCUGCAUAUGUUCCUCCUCCAGGACACCCUAACCACCACGAAAGUAGCCCUACAGCUUCCAGACAGGCAUCUCGAACAAGCAAUGGUGUAGGAUCUCCUGCGCCAGUUCGUGGACGACGAACCAACGCCUCGGUCCCAGCAAAUCGAAGACCUGCUGUGGCUUCUGGAGGGUCCUCGAGCAAAUCCGAUAGAGAUUGUAUAGUAAUGUGAAGAGAAAUGACGGAGAAAUCGAAUGGGAAUGGGCUAUCGAUUGUAGUAGGGACUGUCACUUUUGCAGAUAGGGAGGGGGAUAUCAUGCUUUGCAGGCGUUUCUGGGCUUCAGCUAUUAUACGGAGGGUACAUUCCUUUGAAUUUUCUAUCUUCAAGCAUAGGAGCAUGUUUUUAUGACGAGAUAUGCAUUGAUACGAAAGCUUUUAUUUAUAACGCAUUGAACGAAUGAACAAAUGUCUUGGGUUAUAUUUCUCUUACAAUACCAAAUAAAUGCUUGUGUGAGAAUAGAACAGGAAUUCUGCCCAAUCUCGAACUCAGCAGAUAGCCC